UAUAUUUGGUUUUGUUUUGGUAACGUUAGCAUUGAGUUAGCAAAGAGAAUUAGCAUCUCUGUGUACUAUGUUAAAAGGCGCCCUCUAUCGGUCGUGAAGGGCAAAGCAAUUAGGAACAGUUAUUGGUGGGCGGGUCGAGUUCUGCUCAGCUCUAACGUGACAGACUGAAGAAGCAGAAGGAGUGUGAACGGAGAGAGAAGCGGCUGAACGUACGCUACACACCGCUCGUGUGAUAUACGGUAUAUUUUAUUAUUACUUCUACAUGGAGACGCGCGCGAGGCGAUACGUUACGUUACGUUACGUUACCUAGCGCGUGCAAGCACGCACGCACGCAGACGGACUGUGAGUGAGGGGUGUUUUUUUUUUAUUCCCCAGUUUUCCUCUCUGACUCUAAAUCUACUUUGUUCCGCUUUGCACAUCAUCCCGACUGGAUUUGGACUCGACGCAGACGGAUUUCUUUGUGGUGACCCUGAGGAGUGUGAAGCUGUAGCUCGGAUACCAUCUGGGUUUAGUGUUAAAUAUAAUAACAAACCCUUCACACACACACACACACACACACACUUGUGUUGCUCAGCCUGAAGAUCUCCACAAGUCACCAUGUUGUGAUCAUGUUAUUGAUGACUAACACAGGGGUUUACAGCCUUCUUUACCUUUCAUUCGGUUACUGAACUCAACCAGCUGCUGUGUGUCUGCCUGAGGAGAAGCAUGGCUAUGAUACAGGAGUGACUCCGGACCUGAGUUUGGCUGUACGUACAGUGGAACAAUAAAAAAAAAAAAACCCAAGCUAAAGGACAGCAGGCUCUUGGCCCUUCCUCCCUGUGGUUCCUCAUGCUCAGUGUGGACUCUCGCCGCUUCGCUGCAGGAUGGAUGGUGUGGAUCUGACGCUUCUCGUCUGUUGCCAUACGCGCUUGCUGAUCUGUGACUGCAUCCUGUUCUUUUACGUUUAUAAAAGAACUCCUCCUCUUUUGGGCUUAGGCCCUGCUGAGUGUAUCGAUAACUGUUUAUAAGUCACCCACAAAAUAAUAUCCAAAAAGGAUCUUGCACAAACUUUUAUUUUGCCAACUUUUUUUUUCUCCAGAAGUUUACAUUUGGGAUUUAUUCCGGAUUGUAAUUUAUUUAUUCUUUUAAGUGUUUUUUUUUCUCAACCCUUCCUGGAGUGAAGAUGUCCCAAAACCCUAACAAUGGCAUGGAGUUUCUGGCUCCUCCACCUAAAAAUGUGAAUGGCUCCGGCUCUGACUCGAUGCUGGGUGAGAAACUCGGCGUUGAGGUCCGGCACCGCCGCCACACCAUGGACAAAGAUCUCAAGACGGCAGAGCACCGAUUUUUCCGUCGCAGCGUCAUUUGUGACUCCAACGUCACCGCGCUUGACCUCCCGAGCAAAGCCUGCAUCCCGACGACUCUCCCAGACUGCGAGGUGUCCGUCUGCUCUUUGGGUGUGAUUUCAGUUCCAGAUCGUGCUCCAGAGGUCUGUAAAGCUGUUGUAGUAGAGGAGCACGUGGAAGAUGUGGUUGAACGGCGUCCACUCGACGGCGGUGAUGCGACUGUCAAGCAGAUCCCAUGCACGCAAGAAAGUGCUACUUGGAUCCAGAGCAAGAGUCCUGGGAUUGCAGCCAAGCAGCUUGAAGCGGCAGUCGGGAAGCGGGAAGGCGAAGGCGAAGUGAAAUGUGAGGAGGAAAAGGAGGCAGCGAAAGCUCGCGUGGAAGCAGAGCAAAGAGAAGCGGAGAAAAAGGUACGGGAGGACGAGGAGGUGGAAACUAAAGCUGUCGGGACGUCACCGGACGGCCGCUUCCUGAAAUUUGACAUCGAGAUCGGACGAGGCUCCUUCAAAACCGUCUACAAGGGCUUGGAUACAGAGACGACCGUGGAAGUAGCGUGGUGCGAGCUUCAGGACCGUAAGCUGUCCAAGUCUGAGCGCCAGCGCUUUAAAGAAGAGGCCGGCAUGCUGAAGGGUCUGCAGCACCCCAACAUCGUGCGCUUCUACGAUUCAUGGGAGUCUCCUUCCAAAGGCCGCAAGUGCAUCGUGUUGGUGACGGAACUAAUGACGUCAGGCACGCUGAAAACGUACUUGAAGCGCUUUAAGGUGAUGAAGAUCAAGGUCCUGAGGAGCUGGUGCCGUCAGAUACUCAAGGGCCUUCAUUUCCUCCACACCAGGACGCCUCCUAUCAUCCAUCGGGACCUGAAGUGUGACAACAUCUUCAUCACGGGUCCUACAGGCUCUGUAAAGAUCGGCGACUUGGGCCUGGCUACUCUGAAGCGCUCUUCUUUUGCUAAGAGCGUCAUAGGUACCCCUGAGUUCAUGGCACCUGAGAUGUAUGAGGAGAAGUAUGACGAAUCGGUGGACGUGUACGCCUUCGGGAUGUGCAUGUUGGAGAUGGCUACCUCUGAGUACCCGUACUCCGAGUGUCAGAACCCGGCGCAAAUCUACCGCAGGGUCACCAGUGGUGUGAAACCCAGCAGCUUUGAUAAGGUGGCCAUACCUGAGGUGAAGGAGAUCAUCGAAGGCUGCAUUCGACAGAACAAAGACGAAAGAUAUGCUAUAAAAGUCCUGUUGAACCAUGCCUUCUUCCAAGAGGAGACAGGAGUGCGAGUGGAGCUGGCUGAGGAAGACGAUGGAGAAAUGAUCGCCAUCAAGCUCUGGCUGCGUAUCGAAGACGCCAAAAAGCUGAAAGGCAAAUAUAAAGACAACGAAGCUAUCGAGUUCUCUUUUGACCUCCAUAAAGAUGUGCCUGAAGAUGUGGCCCAAGAAAUGGUGGAGUCUGGAUACGUGUGCGAGGCUGACCACAAGACCAUGGCCAAGGCCAUCAAAGACCGCGUGUCGCUGAUCUGCCGUAAACGAGAACAGAGAAAGUUAGUGCGAGAGGAGCAGGAGAAGCGCAAACAGGAAAGUGAUCAACAACAACAACAACAACAGCUGAGCGAGUCUCAGAAGGUCUUGCAGUUCGGACCUCCAGGAACACCAGGAGCCACUCAGACUCCGUGCAGCCUCCAGCCACCCACUCCAGGUCCAGGACAGCUGGAACCAGAGGAGUGUGACAUGGACCAACACCAACAGCUGCAGUACCAACAAGGAGCCACCACGGUGGACAGCGGACAUGGUUCGUCCGUCUUCUCCGAGACGCCGCCGAGUCAGCUCACCAUGUCGUAUAGUUCUCCUGCAGCAUCUCAUCAGAUCCCCCAGCAGCAGCAGCCUGUACAGCCCUCCUACCCCACUGCCUCCCAAACUACCCAGCAGCACUCUGCAUUCCCCCCACAGCCUAUGCCGCAGUCUCUGGCUCAGCCGUAUGGAGGUGGAGGGGGCUCGGGUUUGUGUGAACCGCCUCUCUCCUUCCCCUCCAUCCCCGAGCGGCCCAUCUCCUUCUCUCCGCCGCCAUCCUGCCCACCCAAAGGCUUCAACGUUCAGCGCCGGAAGAGCACCUCCAUCUUAGAGGCCCAUACACGGCACUUUCAGCCAGCCUACCGCAGCUACGGGAGCAGCCUCCACCCGUUCUCUAGCAUCGAAGCUCAUGAGCCGUCACACUUCCUGCCAGCGAACAUAGCAGCUCAUAGACUGGCAGAGCACAUGCAGGCUUCGGCAGAGUCCUUACAGGAAUACAAGGACAUCCGGAUGGAGCAGGAGGAGGCAGUUCGUAGACUGAGCCUCAACCAGGCCGCCCUGCUGGACCACUUGGAGGCCAUGGCGUACAGUGGAUACCCAAUAACAGCACAUCAGCUCAACCAGCUCAACUUCCACCAGCAAAUGCAGGCUGCUGCGAGUCUGGCGUACGAGAGCCCUCAGCCUAGCCCAGGCUACCUACACUCACACAUCCCGAGCCUCAUGCGCCUGAACCACAGUCCCAUCCCUCAGCCAGCACCGGUUAGUGUAUCCCAAGAAUCCUGCUACCAGACUCAUCCACCAUUUCCUCAUUCUGCUCCACCAGUGUUGGCUCCUGAUCCCAGCACUGCCUUCGAGUUCCACAUGCACAACAUCCAAGCAGAGCAGGGAGCUCUGGCAGCAAGACUGUACCGAGCCCGGCGUGGCUCUAUGGAGCUGAGUCUGGAGGAGGCUUCGGGAAACACGGGGCCGUGCAGUCGGCUGCAGCCGGUCACAGAGGAGCUGGGGAGCUACACCAGCCCGGAGAUGCCACUGCCUCCAGGAAGCCUGCUGUUGCUCCAAGCUCAAAAAGAGCGCAGCCCGGAUCCUUCCAGCGACUCUGUGACUUCAUCCGAUACCGGAGACUUUCACUCGCCGCCUCUUCCGCAUGGAGGACGCCCGGGUCUGGAUGCCUCGCUCGCUCAGUCCAUCCCCCACAAGACGACACAACUUUACACGUCCGAAAGAGGAAGCGGAAUGUGCGAGGGCCAUCCUCCCACUCACCACUCUUAUCUCUUCAUCCCUCUGUCUGAACCAUCCAGCUCUCAUAUCAGCACUCUACAGAGCUCCUGGACCCGACAAACCACCAUCCAGCCUGAGCUUCCUUACCACGAGCCUGCUCUGAGCCUUCAGGGUUCUGCUUUGCAGGCUCCGCCUCCGCAGUCCAGUACGGCUGUUCCUAUGGUCUCCAGCAGCUCUCAGCAAACACCAUGGUGCGACCCGGUCAAUCCACAGUAUGGAGGUUACUACAUCCCAGCAGUCCCUUCGCAGGUGGUCCCACAGCAGGUUCCUCUGAGCACUGGCUCUCAGCAGGCCACGAUCUCACUGUCCCAGCAGCAACAGCAGCAGCCUCCAGCACAGCCGGCCAGCGCAGGCCAACAGAGCAUCAUCGCCCAAACACACAUCCAGCCUGGGUCUCCUGCUACACAGGCGUUCCUCACUUCUUCUCAGACUACAGAUAAGGCACAGCUUCAGGCUCCAACAAUGCCUUGCGGAGUUGAAAGCAACCACUCUGAUGUGGCGUCCGGCAUGAGCGACGGAAACGAGGGCGCGAGCGGCGGCAGGCACGAGGGUCGUUCGGCCAAACGGCACCAGCGCAGAUCAGUACGAAGCCGCUCUCGCCAUGAAAAGAUCACCAAAGCCAAACUUAACGUGCUCAACAUCUCUAAUAUGGGAGACCGGGUUGCCGAGUGCCAGCUGGAAACACACAACAGGAAAAUGGUGACUUUUAAGUUCGACCUGGACGGAGAUAAUCCUGAGGAAAUCGCCCAGAUCAUGGUUGAGAGCGAGUUUAUCCUGGAGAGUGAGCGAGAGUCCUUCGUCGAUCAGGUGCGGGAGGUUAUUGAAACUGCAGAUGAACGGGGUCUUGAAAGGGAAGGCAACCAGACUGUGAACAGUUCCGAAGCGCCGAUGUCUGUUCCGUACACAACGCUCCAGCCAGGUGCUGGUGUGAGUACCACUACACAUGUGGUAACCUCGGCAGGCCGCAGGUUCAUCGUCAGUCCCGUUCCUGAGUCCAGACUCAAGGAGCAAUUCUUUAGCGCGGUUCAACCCCCUGCUCCUAUAUUCGAGCAGUCUGCAGCACCGGGACUGCCUGCGAUGGGUCUGUCUCAGUCCGCUUCAACGCUUUCUCUGCAGCAGGCGUUUGCUGAGAUCCGUCAGGGCCAGUACGACCCUGGGCCGAGCACAGCGCCCCCGACCCUCAACACCUCCCUUCCUCCGUUGUUACCUGCAAUUAGCGCUUUGCCUCCCCCCUCUACUACCAUGCUGUCAUCUCCACCACAGUCCUCUGAGCUAGCUGGGCCUCCUCUGACAGUCUCCUCUUUGUCCUCCUCACCGCCAUCCUCACUCACACCUGCAGUGGUCUCCUUACCCCCUCAGAUCACCCUGCCUGUCAGUCACCCUGUUGUGACCGCUAUGGCGGCUCAGCCUUUCUCAGCUCCGCAUUCCUCAUCCCCUUCUGCACUUAUUCUCCAACCAACAGUCCCAGUACACGCUACUAUCAGCACAGCACUCCCAGGUGGUGUAGCUCCACACUGCCAACACGCUUCCAUUGUAAACAAUGUCAACUCUCUUCCUGUUGGAAUCACAGAACAACCUAUUGUCAGUUCCAGCAUAGCCCAAAUCACCCCUCCUGUUGCCCCCAUCACAGCUAUUCAAACACCUCAGCCCACCCCUGGUGUCGUUGCGCCGAUCUCGGUCACCUCUUUGCCACAGAUGCCAGUCACCAGCAGUGCCCCUGUGGUGCAGCCCACCCCGGUUCACAGCCAAGCGCAGCCUUCUACGCUGCCCAAUCAGGGCCAUUCUCAGUGCGCCGAAUGUGAGAGCGACCUUCAAAGCAAAACCCCAGGCAUCGAUGACAUCCAUGCUCUAGACAAGAAGCUGCGCUCGCUCUUCAUGGACAUGAGUGCUGGUCCGCCUUCAGCCCCAACUGACAGCGGUGUCACAGAGCCGUCUGCCCCCGGGACAUCCUCCCCUACCACUUCUAGCACUACCCCUCUUCCUCCAACUAGCUUACCUCUGAGCUCUCCUAUGACCACCCCUGUCACAAGCGCCACCCCUGGCGGCAAAACGCCAUUGUCCCGAUUGCCGGUGUUGCCUGUCGGCUCCGAGCAGGCCGGCACGCCACCCACAGAACACCCGCCUCUCUUCCCGGGACCUUGUCUAACUCAGUCCCAGCAGCCACUGGAGGAUCUGGAUGCCCAGCUGAGACGAGCUCUGAGCCCCGAGACCGUGUCGGUUAGCAACGUCACCAGUCAGUUCUCUCAAACCGGGGUGACUUCAGGAGGGCAGCCAGUUCCGUUUUCUCUUGAAGGGGACCUGGGGGCUGUUCCCAUACCCGGAGGUUUCAAACUGGGCCGAUUUCAGGUGGUAGAAGCCGAUGACUCUUCCCUGCUGCCUCCUACCUCCUCUAGUGACUCAACUUCCUCUACUACAUCUUCAUCCACCUCUUCCUCAUCCUCUAAUCUCUCCAGUCCUGAGAACACUCUGCACAGGGCCUGUCAUCCUCUGCGUGAGGUAGGAGGUGAUGUGGUGGACGGUUUGCCCCCUGCGUCACCCGGCCAGCCCACUACGAUCGGCCGCUUCCAGGUGACCACCAACAGCGAGACCACAGUAGGACGUUUCUCUGUGAGUCGCGCCGCUGUCGAGCCCGUAACUCCCACACAUGGUGAUGUAGAGACUCAAGAACCACCACAACAGAGUUCUCAAGUUCUGGGAAACGGCCCUGCACUCAGCCCUGAGGGCAAGAGCCAGAUGAGCAUGAACAACUCCUUUAACUCCUACUUAAGCAGUGAUAAUGACUCCGAGUUUGAAGACGAGGACUUCAAGCGGGAAAUCAGCAAGCUACGUGAGAAGCACAUGAUGGAGAGUCAGGCUCUGUACGCUCGACAGAAAGAGGAAAUCGAUGCCCUUUUCGGCCGAGUUGGCAAAGUCCCACCCGCCAUCAUAAACCCCCCUGCAGGGAACAUGGCUGGCCGCAGGCGCCGACCCACCAAGAGCAAAAGCAGCAAGUCAAGCCGCACUAGUUCUCAGGGCAGUAAGAGCCCGGUUCAGCCUGGGAGCACCACUCUAUCUACACAGAGUGCUCCCUCAGUGUACCCGACCCAUCAGGCCUUCCCCGUCCCCAGUGACUUAGGGGAAACAGGCAGCAAUCCCCUGCUUCAAGCUUUCAAGCCCUCACCCUCCAGCGAGAACCUAUACUCCGCCUACACCAGUGAGGCCACACUGUCCGCCCCCAGCCUCUGUCUGCCCACGCAUGGCUGUGUAAAGUUCAGCUGUGGGUCGGAGAGAUUGACCUUCAAACCAGGUGGCAGAAGGACCCGUUUUCUGAGGAAGAUGGUGAAAAAAGUCUGCCCCUGCAACCAACUCUGUAGGACGAACAGCACAAACACGGUGGGAGGCCCGGGGCAGAUGCAGAACCAAUCGCAGCCUCCUUCAACUGCGUCCCAGAGCCGCAAGGGCACCUUCACCGACGACCUGCACAAGCUGGUGGACAACUGGGCCAGAGAUGCGAUGAACCUGUCACAGGGCAAAAGGGGCUCGAAACCCCAGCAUCAGACCCCGUCUCAGGGCCACAGCUAUGAGAUGAUUCCUUCUGGAAAUAUGGCCCGGAAGUUCUCCGCUCCGAGUCAGUUGUGUCCCAACAUGGCUUCAUCCAUGGCCAACCCUCCUGCUACCUCUUUAGGGUCACGUAAAGGCUCGUUGUGCCCCGUGCCUCAGUACGGCUACCCCUCUGCACCUUAUAACGGCCCAUGGGCCGGCGUCUCGGCUGCACACACUCAGGCCCUGGGCCAAUUUCCCUCAGCCCCGGGCACCAUGCAGGCUUUCCACAUCAACACCAUGCAGAAAUCAGUCAGCAACCCAGGAGGACCUAAUUUAAGGACCACAUAAGGUUGGGUCUAGCCUGUGCUAGGCCACGAUAGAGAGAGAGAUAGAGAAGGGCUGAGACACAUGAACUGGCGGUGAGGUUGCUGUGAACUUGGGCACGUGUGUUACACCUUCAGAAAAUGGGGCAGAGUUAAGCCAGGUUUUGUACACACACACACACACAUACACAAACACGGACGAAUUUUGUGGACGAAUCACUCCUGCACUCUGGUUUACAUGCCUUGAGAUGAAUGCACACUGACACAAAGGAGAGCUAAAAAUAAAAAAAAUGGGAGCAAUGUUAAAGCAGCCAAAGAGGAUGGUGAACUUUUUUUUUUUUCUUCUUCUUCUUCUUUUCCUUGUUUGAAUAUCUGAUGAACGUGUACAGAGAUGUUGCUCCAGGGUAGCCUGGGAUUAGCUUGCUAAGCUUUCCCUGACUGUUUCACUUUAUUUGACACCCUUUUAGUCAGUUGAGGUCCCUGGAUCCAGUGAGGAAGGUGAUGGAUGUCCCUCAUCUCCAUUACAAACUCUCCACCAUCCUGGUAUCAGCUCGAAUUCUCUGUAAUGCAAUAAUUAUAGAAAUCAAAAGCCCAUUGUUAAAAACACAGGAAGUGGCCUUUAGUAGAGAAAAAGAGUAUUUGUGUACAGCUUCUCUAUAUAUAUAUAUACAUAUAAAUUGGGGUAUCAUUUUAAAGUUGUGUGGAUUUCCACAUGGUCAGAGGCCAUUCAGCCACCCCUGAGAGUUUGGACUACAAAGCUACUAUAGCUUAUAAACUCCCAGCUUGCUUUGUAGUACACUGUCACGCUUACUCUCCACCUCCACCUCCACCUCACUUCUCAGGAGAUUUAAAAAUGUCCCUAAAAGCGAUUUCACUAAGAAUAAAGAUUUAACGACGUAUACACACGUCCCCUUUAUGCCGGGUCAUCGUGCCACCCGACAUAACGGGCAGAUUAACCCAGUUUUACUCUCUUUUAAAGCCAAAACGUAGUCCUGUAUUAUCCAUUUAGUUUCACAAAGCGUGGCCCAAGAGGCUGGCUGUGAGGUGGAGGGAGGUUUAUUUCCCCCGAGUGAUAAAAUGGGGUGUCUGUCUGGCUUGUUCACGCAUACUGCAGACUGGUGAAGCUUUAACUCUAUGAUCUAUUAGCAUCGUAUCAGCUUUUAUAAUCCUGAGCUCAUUAGGGACCUCUUUAUGACAGGUUGCUUUUUUUGAACUGUACGUUUAAAUGAGAAAAGUUGUGUUCUGUACGGACCUGUAUUUAUCCAUCAGUUAUUGAUGUUGAAACACUGUGAUUUAUUAUAAAUGUUGUUGGACAACAUAAGUUUAAAGCAAUGGUAGAAAAAAGGGCGGUGAAGAGGAGGAUCAAUUGCUAUUAGCUGAAAGGUGAUGUAAGGCGAGCUAUUACCUUAUUACAGAACUUAUUGGAGACACUUUAACCCUUUCCUUCGCCCUUUGUACUUCUUUCUUUGUAUUAGAUAAAUGUGAAUGUAAAACAAUUUCAAUUAACGUACUUGAAUAACCCGUCUGUUUUUCCCUCCUCCCCAGUGCCCAGUGAGUGUACUGGAGUUUCUCGUGCCUUGCAUUCUUUCUUUCUUUUUUUUUUCCUUUCUUUCUUUCUUUCCUUUUCUUUUUCUUUCUUUCUUUUUUUUUUGGUUAAUUUUGUGUUUUGUUUUUUGCUUAGAAAUAGUAAUUUUGUGGCAGCGGAGGUGUGUAGGUGCCUAGUCAGGUGCUCGCAUGGUGACAAUUAUGGUGAUUAACAAGCUAUAGGGAAGAGAUUCAGGGUUUGGUGCCAUCUUUUAUGUUGAGCUGGUGACGAAUCGUGUCAGUGAUGAGCCAUUGGCCCGGGCACUAGACUGCUGGACAUCCUGUGUCCUAUUUCCUGCCCUUGAGCCUGCUUGUUAAUGUUCUCAGAUCAGCUGAACCCUUACAAUGACCUUUGUGUCGCAUGUAAACCUGCAACAAUAAGUGUAAGUUUUGUAAGUUAAACAGUUCUCUUUAGGGCAGCAGACAGACGGACAGCUGGCAUCCAGAAGUAACCCUGUGUUUCCACUGGCAGCGAUACCGCAUUAACAUUCAGCCAGUCAGUCAUUUAGAGCGUUGGCGAGAAUUUGAUCCGAUUAAAUGUUAAGAGACUCGAUGACGAGUAAAACUGUUACACAUCAGUGUGUGCUUGCUUUCAGAUAUCCACACUGUGAUGCUACAGAUUUUAAGAGAUGGAUUCCUCCAUGCAGCCGAGGUUUUUAUGAUCUAGCAAGGAUUCUCUGAUUUAAAAAAAAAGGUAUUUCUAGCUCAAAGUGUGUGUGUUCUAGCCUACAGUACGUUCUGUAGUUUCUCCAGGCGCUAUUAAGGAAACCAAGGCGAGUCUUGUGUCGGCUGUGGAUCCGGAGAGAGGGUCCAGACGAGGAAAGUAAGUUAAGAGAAGCCAGUACAGUGAGAGGAUUUUAAGCAUGAGUAAUUAAGGAUACUGGUCCCACUGGUUGGAACUGCUUUUAGUUUUAUGGUUCUGCCUGAAUCUGUGUUUUAAACCAGUGAGACUUGUAUCGUUGUAGACGAAACAGGGAAAAGAAGAGAAGGUUUGUUUCAGAUGUAGGACCAGGAAGGAAAAUGUUGUAGAUGGCACCUCACCAAAACACUGUAGCGUCUGAACAGUCACCGCUUUCCUAAUUACUGCCCCUAAUCUCACAGUUCUCAGUUCAUUGUAGAAAUAACCGCCUCGUGCGGGUUUUUUUUUUUAUUAUGCAGAUCAGUAGCUUGUUUUAAAAAAUAUGAAAUAAAGUCUUUUAGUAGCAAUCGAUCGAUGGCACUCGCAACGUUGAUUUAAAAUAAAAAACAACAACAAAAAGAUAAACAGUAGAACAGGUUUGUGUAGGUUAGACCUUCAGCGUAGAGCCGCGUACCUGUGAAAUUCACACGGAGCAGAAAACGGCAGCUUUAGAAAUCCAUAGAGCGGCAUGAGCAUGUUACAGCUACAGGCACAGAGCAGUGAACCGUGUCAUCGUAACUACUGAUCGUCGAUAGAAACUGCUAGAUUACACGCCAUCGCCUUAAAGCUUAGCUGUCUGCGUCCGGUCUAGAAAACGUCACGUUAAUACGGUCCAUUUAUAGGAAGCUACAAAAUAGACGAGCACCGUUUACUCACCGCGAGUGGCUGUAUUGUACUUUCAGUAUUUAAAAUCAAAAUGUUUUAACAGCUUGGCUUUGUUUUUGCUUGUUUUUUGUUUUGUUUUUCCUACUUACUUUGUACUUUGUCUGUAAAUCUAGAGCGCAGCAGUUAAGUUCUGGUUUUUCAAGCUGCAAGAAAAUACAAUUUUUCCAGAUUUUCCGUUAAUUCCGCCUUCAGAUGAAACCCACAUGUCUAGCGUACAAACAUUACGAGUGCCAUUCCUACGUUUCUCAUGAGUCGGAGUUUGCUCUGAUUUUGAUUCCAUAAACUGAGCACCUUGUUUACUGUUAGAAAAGUGAUGUUUAGUAGCUGCAGUGCAGAAUAUGCAAUAUAUCUAAUAAUGGGAUACACUGGGUAGAGACCAUGUCCCUGGUUUACUCCAGUAGUACGGAGAAUUUACAAAAAAAAAAAUCACAAGUGUUAUUACUCUAAUAUCACUUUUUCCUUUUGGAUCGUAGACACUGCUACUUUUUUUUUUUUUUUUUUAAAUCAUUUCUGUUUACAUCAUCACCCGCUUAGCAACGUGCCAACAUUCAGAUAAUAAUAAUAAUGAUAAUAAUAAUAAACAUGCUCGUCUUUCUCGGAAAAAGAACUCGCAUGCUACUUUGGUCACUAGUGAUAUUUAUCACAACGUCACAACAGUCAUUGGGAACGAGGUUUUUUUGUUUGUUCGGUUUUUCCACUUUCCGUUUAUUUUUUUUUUGUCUCCUGUGGAAAGAAAUGCAUCCAAACAGUGUGUUUACUUAAUGCUACUGACCUGUCAUUAAGUUAUUUUGUUUUGUACUACUAUCUCGAGUUCUUGUUUUAUAAUGUCGUGUGUCUCUGCCAUUUAGUGACUUCGGUUCAGUGAUUUCUUUUUUUUUUUUUUCCUUUCUUUUUCUUUUUUUUUUCUUUUUUUC